AUGGCCGAGAUAUUCUUCUCCUCAGACAUCGCGGAUAAUGUGAAGGGGAAGGUGGUUGUCAUGACAGGUGGUGCGCAAGGAAUUGGCGCAGCAACGGUUUCCCUAUUAUACGAGAGAGGCGCUCAUGUUUACUUCGGCGACGUGGACGAUGUCAAGGGCCAUCAGAUGGUCAGUCAUAUCCAGUCAAGCAUACCGCAUAGCAGCGGAUCGGUACAUUUCCAGAAACUCGACGUCCGCAACUACAGCGAACAACUUCAGCUCUUCAAGACACCUUAUGAAGAACGAGGUCAUGUCGAUAUCGCAAUAUCAUGCGCUGCCAUUGUAGAACCUAAUGAAUGGUUUGGGCCAGACCAACUUACCCUCGAGGCGGUCAUGACGGAACCCCAGCCGCUCAAGAAUACUAUCGACAUCAACCUCACAAGCGUUGUUCUCUUUUGUCGAUUAGCAAUUGCCUUUAUGAAGGCAGACAAAGGACAGGCCAACUUGAAGGGCUUCUCCAAGUCCAUUGUCUUACUCUCCUCUAUCGCUGGAAUAACUGAAGCCGCAGGUCUCUUCGCCUACAGCGCUUCAAAGCAUGGCAUUAUAGGACUAAUGAGAUCCUUACGGGCGCUGGCUUCAACAAAGUACAGCAUCCGCAUCAACGCCGUGUGUCCCUGGGCAACAGACACGCAGAUGAUCGAUAACGUCCGCUCGAUCUGGGACAAGCAUCAUCUUCCAUUGAAUGCACCUAAUGAUGUUGCGCAGUUUAUCACUCAGCUGGCAACUGACAAGUCGUUGAGUGGGAAGUCUGUGCUGGUCGCUGGUGGCAGAGGAUUUGAUACAGAGGAAGGCAUUGAUAGGACAAUGUCUGAGUGGUUUGGACCUCUUACGGAAGAGUUCUGGCGCGGACAAAAGGCCUUUGGGACGGGUGAUCAAUGGUCUGAUAUCUGA